GGGUACUUUGAUAAUCAAAUUGACAUUCCAAAUGAUUUCAUAACUAUUCACAAUUGUACAUCACAUCACAUCUUACAGUUGGACAAACCAACCAUGUAGCUUCCCUCCUAAACAUUUCUUGUUCAACCAAAAAAAGGAGGGAACUCAAAAAUUAAACUUCUAAAAUUACACUUUCAAAAUUACAACCUCUAAUACAACCUCAGCCCUAUAAAUACAACAACAUUCAGCACAUUUUAAACUACUUCAUCUACGUUUAACUGCCAUCAUUAAUGGCUACCUCAAGCUCUAACUUGGCCCCAUCACUUCCUCACUCUCCUCCACCUGCGCCAGCAACUGCCCUCGUCCAUUUUCCUGCACGGAGAUCAAGACUUACAAACAAGGAAAAAGAAGAAAUAAAGGAAUAUUUUCUGAAGAAUGUGGAUGACUUUGGGCAAAUAUUAUUAAGGUAAUCAACAAAGGUGCAAAUAUUAUUAAGGUGUCCAGACAUGUCAUGUCCAGAAUAUGGCAGAUUGUAAAGCAACAGUUACAUAAUGGACAAAGGCUAGAUGUAACUCACAAGCUGACUAAACAUGUUGGAAGAAAAAGGGUAACUAUACCCCUUCAAAGUUUUAAGGACAUUCAUUUGAGCAAAAGGACCAACAUAAGGUCAUCCUCUCAUGCCCUAAAAAUGUCUAAAAGUACAUUUCACAGAAUGAAGCAGAGAGGUGAAGUAAAAGCACAUACAAGCACCGUGAAGCCAUUUCUUACAGAACAAAAGAACUUGGUGUCAAUUCUGCCUUCAUCACUUAAUUCCAGCUUCCUUACCAGACACUCCCAUAUUUCAAGGGUUUGACCAUUUUAUCCACAUCAAUGAGAAGUGGUUUAACCUAAUCAAAAUAAUGACAAGACGAUACAUUCAUGAGGGAGAGACUCCCAAGACAGGCAUUGCAAAUCUAAAAGGUUUAUAACCAAGGUGAUGUUUCUGUGUGUUGUGGGCAAACCUAUUUUGGGUAGCGAAGGGAAAGUCAUAUGGGAUGGGAAAAUAGGGAUAUGGCUGUUUGUGGAGCAGGUGGAAGCAUCAAGAAAAAGUAAGAACGAACCAAGACACACAAUGCAAGCUGUGAAAGACAUUAGAAUAUACUUUAGAAUAUUCUUCUAUCCUUAGAAUAUACUUUAGAAUAUUUUAGGAAUAUACUCUAGGAUAUUAUUAUUGUAUAGAAUCUUAUAGGAAUAUUCUAUCUUUGUAAUGUAUAUUUAUAGGGACUUAACCCUCCAAUGAAAUACACAGAAAAUCUUUCCUCCUCUCUUCAAUAUUAUAUUUUGUAGUUUAUAUUUCAACAUGGUAUCAGAGACUUCCAUUUCAGUUUAGUUUUUCAGAUUUCAGUUCUUUAUUCAGGCUGACUUCAGUUCAGUAUUCAGGCUGGGUUCUUUCUCCAAGAACUUGAGUUAACUUCAGAACCUUACACACCAUUUUCAGAACCUUACACACCAUUCUGCCUACAGAACCUCUACACACCAUUAAACAGAACCUCUGUCCAGACCAACACCGUCCUAUUUCUCACCUCCGUCCUAACCAAUUGCACUUGCCGCCGCCGACCACGUCUUUGGAGUCCGCACCGGCAAAGCUUCGCGCGUCAGUCACACGCGCCGCCGAAGACUUUCUUGGCUGCCGCACGCGCCGGCGAGUGAAGCUUCAUAGCUGACCGGAUUUCUAAUCGGAAAUCGCCAUCUCUGCCAGGCAAAUCCAUUUUUCCGAUCUGCGAGCUUUUGGAUCCACGGUCUUCUUGAGGUUGGCGACGCAGACUGUUGAGAAAGGUUGGGAUUUGAGACUAGGUGAACUAACUCGAAUUAGAAAGGGGCCGCGUUAUAUUUUUGGAGUCGCCACUAUCAUUAGCUGGUAAGUCAGAAACCCAGACCUCGCCAACCAUCUAUUGAGCUGCGGCUGGUAAGUCUUAAUUAGCUGUAUUUAUUUAUUUAUUCUCAAAAAAAAAAGUAAAAAAAAAAUCAAAAAAAAAAUCAAAAAAAAAAAAAAAAAAAUCAAAAAAAAAAAGAAAAAAAGAAUGUCUUUUACGGGUCCAUUUGGCAGAGGAGUAAUAUGCCAUUACUGCAAGAAGCCCGGGCACUUGCUCAAAGAAUGUAGAAAGUUGCUGUUCAAAAAUCAAGGAAAUCAGCUUGCUCAUGUUGCUUCCGCUACGAGUUCAUUUGAUGGAUCAAUUGCUAUUUCUUCAGACGAGUAUGCUAAAUUUAUUUGCUACCAAGAAUCUCUAAAGCAUUCAUCUACCCCUAUCUCGGUAGUCGCAAAUUCAGGUAUUUCAAACACAUGUCUUGUUUCAUCAUCCUCAAAAUGGGUCAUUGACUCAGGUGCCACAGAUCAUAUGACUGGUAAUCCUAGUCUAUUCUCAUCAUUUCACUCACAUUUACCUGCUUCCAGUGUCACUUUAGCAGACGGGUCUACCUCACCCGUUCUUGGAUCUGGUACUGUUGUACCAACUUCUACAUUACCAUUAUCGUCUGUUUUGAGUCUUCCUAAUUUUGCAUUUAAUCUGCUUUCCAUCAGUAAAAUCACACGUACUCUUAAUUGUUCUGUAACAUUUUUUCCGGGAUAUUGUGUGUUUCAGGAUCUGUUAACGAAGCAUACUAUUGGUCAAGGACAUGAGUCGGGUGGUCUUUAUAUUUUGGAUACAUCAAUUACAAAAGGUAUCUCUUGCCUUGGGGUUGGAAAUCUAUUAGAAGCUCAUUACCGAUUAGGACAUCCAUCUCUCUCACUAAUGAAGCAAUUAUAUCCUCAGUUUAAUAAGGUGUCUUCUAUACAAUGUGAGUCGUGUGAGUUUGCUAAACAUCAUCGCACUAGUUUAAGUCCCCGACUUAAUAAACGAGCAAAUGCUCCGUUUGAUCUUGUCCAUACUGAUGUUUGGGGGGCAUGUCCAGUUGUGUCCAAACCUGGUUUCAAAUAUUUUGUCACUUUUGUUGACGAUUAUUCUCGUAUGACAUGGGUGUAUUUUAUGAAGCGCCGAUCCGAGUUAUUUACUCAUUUCUCUGCAUUUUGUGCUGAAAUUAAAACUCAAUUUAAUGUUCCUGUUCGUGUGUUAAGGGGAGACAAUGCCCAAGAAUAUUUAUCUGCUCCAUUUAAAUCUUUUAUGCUUCAACAUGGCAUUAUUCAUCAAACUUCAUGCGUAGACACACCUCCUCAAAAUGGAGUUGCUGAAAGAAAGAAUCGACAUCUGUUAGAAACUGCAAGGGCUCUUCUAUUCCAAAUGAAUGUGCCUAAACAGUUUUGGGCUGACGCUGUGUCUACUUCAUGUUUUUUGAUCAAUCGUAUGCCAUCUUCUGUUUUGGAUGGUAAAACUCCUUAUCAAUGUCUUUUUCCAAAUAAAGAACUUUUUCCUAUUCCACCUAAAAUAUUUGGUUGCACUUGUUUUGUUAGAGAUGUUAACCCUCAUCGGACGAAAUUGGACCCCAAGUCAUUGAAAUGUAUUUUCUUGGGUUAUUCUCGAGUUCAAAAGAGGUAUAGAUGUUUUUGUCCAAGUACAGGUCGAUAUCUUAUUUCUAUUGAUGUCUCAUUUCAUGAAAAUACACCAUUUUCAUCAUCCAAGACAGAUAUUCAUGAGGACAACGAUGAAAUACUCAUUUACACAGUUACUAUACCUGAGACCACACCUUCAGUAACUAUGUCGAAUGUCACUGUUCCUGACCCUAGACCUCCUGUACACUUGGUUUACACCCGUCGACACAAAGCACAAGAUCACUCCCCACCUGUGACACCUGUGAUUACAUAUCCUGAUACUGGUCCGACUUCGAUCUCAUGUCCUGAACCAGUACCUGCAUCUUCAGAUCUUGUCUCUACAUCUGAUCUUGACCUCCCGAUAGCACUACGUAAAGGUACACGGUCUUGUACUCAUCCUAUUUCCUCAUUUGUGUCAUACAGUCAGUUAUCUCCUGCCUCAUGUUCUUUUGUUGCUUCCAUUGAUUCUAUUUCUGUUCCCAAAUCUGUUAAAGAAGCUUUGUCUCAUCCUGAAUGGCGACAUGCCAUGGUAGAGGAAAUGAAUGCUUUGGAUCUUAAUGGUACUUGGGAUUUGGUAUACUUGCCUUCAGGGAAGAAGUCUAUUGGAUGUAAGUGGGUCUUUGCUGUUAAGGUUAAUCCAGAUGGAUCUGUUGCUCGAUUGAAAGCUCGAUUGGUUGCAAAGGGUUAUGCUCAAACCUAUGGUGUUGAUUAUUCUGACACUUUUUCUCCUGUUGCUAAAUUAACAUCUGUCAGGUUACUUAUCUCACUCGCUGCAACUCAUGAUUGGCACUUACACCAGUUGGACAUUAAAAAUGCAUUCUUACAUGGUGACCUUCAGGAGGAAGUUUAUAUGGAGCAACCUCCGGGAUUUGUUGCUCAGGGGGAGUAUGGGAAAGUUUGUCGACUUCGCAAAUCUCUUUAUGGUCUGAAACAGAGUCCUCGUGCAUGGUUUGGGAAAUUCAGUCAAUCCAUUGAACGGUUUGGAAUGAUAAAAGGUCAAUCAGAUCACUCUGUCUUUUACAGAAAAACGAAAGCAGGUAUCACAUUGCUUGUGGUGUAUGUCGAUGAUAUUGUGAUUACAGGAAGUGAUACCGCAGGUAUUUUGGCCCUUAAGAAUUUUCUUCAUAGCCAAUUCCAAACAAAAGACCUAGGCUCAUUGAAAUACUUUCUGGGUAUUGAGGUAACACGGAGUAAGAAAGGCAUAUUUCUAUCUCAGCGUAAAUAUGUACUUGAUUUACUAACUGAAACGGGGAAAUUGGGAGCAAAGCCAAACACAACUCCCAUGGUUCCCAAUGUGCAACUCACUUCAGAAGGCAUACCAUUCGAAGACCCAGAAAGGUACAGAAGAUUGGUUGGAAAGCUUAACUAUCUCGCAGUCACUCGUCCAGACAUUGCUUACUCUGUGAGCGUAGUGAGUCAAUAUAUGUCAUCUCCGACAGUUGAUCAUUGGAAUGCAGUAGAGCAUAUAUUAUGUUACUUGAAGGGGACACCAGGACGAGGUAUUGUUUACCAAAAUCAUGAUCACAUGAGAAUAGAAUGCUUUGCAGAUGCUGAUUGGGCUGGAUCUAAAGAUGAUAGGAGAUCCACAUCUGGCUAUUGCGUCUUUGUUGGUGGUAAUCUCGUCUCUUGGAAAAGUAAGAAGCAAAAUGUGGUUUCUCGUUCGAGUGCUGAAUCAGAAUAUCGGGCUAUGGCACAAUCAGCAUGUGAGAUAAUCUGGAUAAACCAUUUGCUGAGUGAAAUCGGAUUGAAGACACCAAUGCCUGCUAAACUCUGGUGUGAUAACCAAGCUGCUAUACACAUUGCCAACAACCCAGUGUUUCAUGAGAGAACAAAACAUAUUGAGGUCGAUUGUCACUUUGUUCGAGAAAAGAUACAACAAGGAUUGAUCUCUACAGGAUAUGUGAAGACUGGAGAGCAACUUGGAAAUUUGUUCACUAAAGCAUUAAAUGGAAUUCGUGUUGGUUAUUUAUGUAACAAGUUGGGCAUGAUAAAUAUCUAUGCUCCAACUUGAGGGGGAGUGUGAAAGACAUUAGAAUAUACUUUAGAAUAUACUUUAGAAUAUUCUUCUAUCCUUAGAAUAUACUUUAGAAUAUUUUAGGAAUAUACUCUAGGAUAUUAUUAUUGUAUAGAAUCUUAUAGGAAUAUUCUAUCUUUGUAAUGUAUAUUUAUAGGGACUUAACCCUCCAAUGAAAUACACAGAAAAUCUUUCCUCCUCUCUUCAAUAUUAUAUUUUGUAGUUUAUAUUUCAACACAAGCAAAGUCCAUUCUUUCAGUGACAAAACAGUGUACAGGGCAAUGCUACUCACAAAACUCAUUCCAACCAUAAAAGCUAAGAGGUCAGUAGCAUUAGCCAGGGAAGUUAUCAUCCAACAAGAUAAUGCCAGACCACACAUUAACACAAAUGAUCAAGAAUUCAAUCAUGUAGCAAGUGACGAUGGGUGGAAUAUAAGGUUGUCAAUGCAACCACCUGACAUUCCUGACAUGAAUGUCCUAGACUUGGGAUUUUUAAAUUUCAUACAGUCUUUGCAGUAUCAAACAUGCACUAAAACAAUUGAUGAGUUGCUUGUAAAUGUUCAAGAAGCAUACACAUGGUUAUCCCCCAAAACACUUAAUCAUGUUUGGCUAACAUUUCAACUCACAAUGGCUGAAGUUAUUAAGGUUAAUGGAGGGAAUAAAUACAAGCUUCAACAUAUUGGAAACCACAGAUUGGAAAGACAAGGUAUUAUUUCUACCAACAUUGUAAUGGACAAACAGAUAGUAGAAGAUGCAAUAAACCAUCUAAAUGGAGCAGUAUAAACAAUAUAGAAUGAGUUGCAUUUAUGUUUUGUUUAAGUAAGUGACAAUACUCUCAGUUAACAAGAUUAUCAUCAUAGAGAUGUUAGAAUGCAUCUCUUUGAUAAGGUUGUUAGCCUCAUAGAGUUUGUUCACGAAUUGUGUUAACUACAACUAUUUUGGGUAUGUUUUUUUAAUAGUUAGCCAAUAUAUGUAAUGGUAAGUUUUUUUGUACUCUUGGUUGUUAUUGUUUUAUGACACGGUAGCAUACUAUAGCCAAUAUAUCAUUCAAGAGUGUCCAUGGGCUCACAUUGUACAUAUAAAGCAUCAAACUCACAACAAAGCAUCAUAAGUAUGCAAUGAAUUACAACAUGGGUGGCAAUCAAGUUAUCAUUUAACCUCCUACAUGUUUGUAAUCACAAUAGCAUACUUAGGCAAUGUCAUCAUAGUCAAUUUGGUCUCACAUGUGCAUCACAUUCAGUGUUGGACUAACAGAACUCAAUUAUAGCCUCACAAAAGUGUUCAUAGGCUCACAGACUACAUAUAAAGCAUCAAACUCAGAACAAAAGCAUCAUAAGUAUGCACUGAAUUACAACAUGGGUGGCAAUCAACUCAUCAUUUAACCUCCUACAUGUUUGUAACCAUAGUAGCAUACUUAGCCAGUGGCAUCAUAGUCAAUUUGGUCUCACAUAUGCAUCACAUUCAGCGUUGGACUAAAAAACUCAAUUACAGCCUCACAAGGGUGUUCAUAGGCUCACAGACAACAAAUAAAGCAUCAAACCCGGAACAAAAGCAUCAUAAGUUUGCACUGAUUUACAACAUGGGUGGCAAUCAACUCAUCAUUUAACCUCCUACAUGUUUGUAACCACAAUAGCAUAUUUAGGCAAUGUCAUCAUAGUCAAUUUGGUCUCACAUUUGCAUCACAUUCAAUGUUGGACUAACACAACUCAAUUAGAGCCUCACAAGAGUGUUCAUAGGCUCACAGGCAACAUAUAAAGCAUCAAACUCAGAACAAAGCAUCAUAGCUAUGGACCCAGUUACAACAUGGGUGGCAAUUAACAAAUCAUUUCACCUCCUUCAUGUCUAUAACCACAUUAACAUACCCACACAUAGUUUACACCACAAUUAGCAUCAUUAGUCAAGCCCAGCGUAAACAAAGAGAGAUUGAGGUUUAGAUAUACAUAUAAUUUAGUCAAUUUGGGAGACUUAUCUGAAGCAUGGUAGGUCGUUCAUUCCGUGCUUCGGCCAGAUACGACUAACACGCUGGAGAAGAAUUGACAUCCUCACCAUAUUCGAAAUCUGGCUUUUUGUAUGUGAGCUCCACAAUUAGAUCUGGGUCUGUUUUGUAAUCGUAUCCUCUUCUCUAUUUAUCUCCACGGUUGUAUCCACCGGGCCUGUAGUUCCGCCACCACUUCCUAAAGUAGGGUUUGUUUCGUUACCGCACUCAUCAAUCUGUGGCUCAAGAAUGAUAGAUUCUAGAAAUAAUUAGGCAUCAAGGGCAGAAUCUAGAGCUUGAGAAUUGGGGUGUACUGGAGCAACAAUGGUGGUUCGAAGGUUGUCGACAGAGGAUAUGGGGCUAGAGAAAUGAAGAGACAGAGGAAAUAAGAGGACUGUUCGAAUGAAGAGGUAAAUGCAUAAGAUAAA